AUGGCCAACAGGGCGCGAGCCACGUCGAUCAACCAUCUGCCAGACGAGCUUCUUUCCAGAAUCAUCUCACUUGCUUCUGCCGCCAACCCCGCAGAACUGAAAGCAGAAGUUGACGCUGAGGAUGGUGCCGGCCGGACUGGCGAACCGAAUUUCACGGAUGGCCCCGAUUUUAGCAACCUCACGGUCGUUUGUAAGCGAUGGAUGCACCUCAUGACGACCCUCCGCGUCCGUGGCGGCUUGAAGUCACAAUCCCCCGAACUCCAAGGUCCCAAGCUGCGCGCCAUGACGCUUUCUGCUCCCUCCAUCUCCGCGCCGACGCUCUUCCGCACGCUGGCGCUCGCGCCGAGAGUCACGGCGCUUUCUCUGGAGGCGAACGCCGUCGAUUUCUACGACGACGAGUUCCUGUCUCGCCUGCUCUCCGCGCGCCCCCAGCUCGCCCGCCUCAGCAUCGCCCCUCCCCGUUUCACCGGAACUCCUCACUUUCAAAUCGGCACGAAAGCUCUCGAGAAUUUCUUCCGCGUCGCGUCGUCGUCGCGCCUGCAAGAUCUCUCGCUGCGCGAAUGCUUCGGCCACACGACGAAGCUCCCUGCUUCAAUCGCGUCGCUUUCGUCGCUGCGCGUGUUCCGCCUUUGCUCCAAGACGCUCCCACCCAUCCUGCCCUUCGCGUCCUCAUUGCGCCAUUUAACGAUCAUAGCUGAUCUGGCUCUCGAGCCGCUUAGCCAGCUUGUAUCUCUGGAGCGCAUCGAGAUCUCAGCCCUCCACCGCCCGCUGCACUUUCCAGUGGCGCUCUUCGUGUUGCCGUCGCUGGCGUACGUGAAGGUGGGCUCCGCCAUGUGGGUGGAAGCUCAUGACGUGACGGCGAUGGAGAACUCGAGGGAGCUCCUCGCACGGAAUCAUCCCAAUGCUGCCGCCGCCGCCGCAGCAGACACAGCCUCAGCAGCAGCAGCCACGGCAGGGGCCACAACAGCAGCACAUACCACCUACCACACGGCGCUGGGCCCGUCUCUGAAGCAUCUCAGCAUCUGGUUGGACAGCGAGGGGUACGAGAGGCUCUCCGCGCUUGUGUGCUCGCUGCUCUCCCUCACGCACCUCUCCAUCAAUGGGCUCUGCUCCGCAAUACUCACCUCCGACCUGGGUCAUCUCACCAACCUGCGCUCGCUCUCCCUCUGCGGCGCCUGGCUCGGCCUCCCGCACUCCCUCUCCCCCCUCUCCCCCCUCUCCCCGUGCCUGCACUCCCUGAAACUGCACUACAUCGGCAACCAUGACGCCUCCCCCCGAAUGCUCCCUUCAUUUCUCACGGACCUCACCUCCCUCACGGACCUUGACCUCGACAACAUGAACCUUCCCUCCUCGCUGCCCGCUCUUGCGCGCCUGCGCGCCCUCCGCACGUUGCGCAUAGAUUACGACUGGGGCUUCACCACCCGCGUGUCGCUUCCAGAAGAUCUGGGCCAGCUGGCAGCCUUGGAGUGGCUGGAGCUAAGGGGCUUCUGCAUGAAAGACGGGCUUCCGCCGUCCCUCUGUGAUCUGACCUCCCUGCGCCGCCUGUUCAUUGGUAGCAAAACCCUAAAGCACCUUCCCGGGGCAAUUUCAAAGCUGUCGCGCCUAGAAGUUAUGACUCUUGACUCAUGCUACAGCCUGGAAUCCCUACCCCCGGCGUUUGGCCGCCUGGGAGUGUUGAAGAAGCUGAUUAUUCGGGGGGGGUUGAGGAAUUCUCUGCCUGACACUCUGGGAGGCUUAUCCUCGCUUGAGGAGGUCUCAUUGGCUCAAUGUUCUCACAGUUUCAGCCUGCCUCCCUCCUUCUGCCUCCUCCCUCGUCUGCUCACACUUACUCUCACCAACUGCAAGAAGUUCCACCAUCUGCCUGACUCGUUCUCUGAACUUCCCUCCCUCACCCUCCUCAGCAUCUCCAACUGCCCGGAAUUCUCCUGCCUUCCUGAGACCUUUGGCUUGCUGCCCCGCCUAACCCGCCUCAAAAUUGUCGAAUGCGACUCAUUCACGCACCUCCCCAGCUCCUUCUCCUCCCUGCCUGCGCUCCGAGUGGCCUGCUUCAGCUUUUGCAAGCAGCUGCACUCCCUCCCGCCCACCCUUGGCCGGCUGCCGUGCUUGGAAGUGCUUCAGUCGAGGGAGUGCAAGGCGCUCUCGUCGCUGCCGGAGUCGCUCGGAGAGGCAAGGGCGCUGCGGCAUGUGGAUGUGUAUGGCAGUGGUGUGGCGGAGAAAGGGGUGGGCGUUUGUGGGAAGCAAGUGCAUGUUGUGUGGGGGCGGAUGGGAAAGGCUGAGCACGUGGUGACGAAAGAUGAGAGGAGUGUUGGGCUGAGGUCUAGCCCUAGGUUUAGAGACUUGACUUAG